AUGACAAGGAAAUCCAGCAAACGGGUCAGCUUCAGUCCUGAUGUGAAUGAUAACCCAACAGUCGUGCUCAAACACGGCGGCGGUGAAGACGGCGCUGGAACUUUGAGCUUCGGCCUGAGCAGAGACACAAGGCACUUGCCGGUGGGAUUUCUACAGAGUUUCAAGGCCAGAGUAAGUGAAGCCAUUCGCUUUGUAUCCACCAAAAAAUCUUCACGAAAGGUUUCUUCAGCCGCCACUUUUACAAGGUCAAGAUCGGUUUCGGAUUCCAUGGAGUCGCAUCGUGCUGAAGCAAUCGAAGAUUGCAUCGAAUUCUUAAACCACUCUUCAUCUUUGUCCAGAUUAAAUUCAGUCUCUGGGAGUACUUACUGA